CACUGCCUCCAGUCGUACCAAAUGCUGCACCUAUCACAGACUCACGAAUUAUAGGCGCAAACGUAACGUAUGGUUGUAAUGAUGGGUAUAAAUUAGUCGGGGGAGACCCGAUUUUGGAUUGUCAAUCUGAUCAAACGUGGACAAAUGUCACUUUUGCGUGUAAUCCAGUUUGUGCAGAGCCGCUAGUUAUAGAAAAUGCAACUGUUGUCUAUGCUGAUAAAUUUGUUGGUAGUAAUUCCACAUAUUCCUGUGAUCCUGAAACAGUUCCAGAUGGUUCUCCUGUUGUCACUUGUCAAACCGAUCAACAAUGGUCCACAUCAAACUUCCAGUGUAUAAAACAAUGCUCUGGUGCACCUGAUGUACCAAAUGCUACUACCAACACCACGGUACGAAUAAUAAACACGGUGGCAGAUUAUGUUUGUAAUAGUGGAUACGUUGUAGACGGUACACCACAAUUAACAUGUCAACCUGACCAAAUGUGGACGACUGUUGACUUUGCAUGUAAAUUAGAAUGUCCCGAGCCACAAAAUAUAACAGAUGCGACUGCUAACUAUGCUGAUAAAUUUGUUGGUAGUAAUGCCACUUAUUCCUGUGAUCCUGAAACAGUUCCAGGCGGUUCUCCCAUCAUUACAUGUCAAACAGAUCAACAGUGGUCCACGACCGACUUUCAGUGUUUAAAACAAUGCCCUGUUGUACCUGAUGUACCAAAUGCUACUACCAACACCACGGUACGAAUAAUAAACACGGUGGCAGAUUAUGUUUGUAAUAGUGGAUACGUUGUAGACGGCACACCACAAUUAACAUGUCAACCUGACCAAAUGUGGACGACUGUUGACUUUGCAUGUAAAUUAGAAUGUCCCGAGCCACAAAAUAUAACAGAUGCGACUGCUAACUAUGCUGAUAAAUUUGUUGGUAGUAAUGCCACUUAUUCCUGUGAUCCUGAAACAGUUCCAGGCGGUUCUCCCAUCAUUACAUGUCAAACAGAUCAACAGUGGUCCACGACCGACUUUCAGUGUUUAAAACAAUGCCCUGUUGUACCUGAUGUACCAAAUGCUACUACCAACACCACGGUACGAAUAAUAAACACGGUGGCAGAUUAUGUUUGUAAUAGUGGAUACGUUGUAGACGGUACACCACAAUUAACAUGUCAACCUGACCAAAUGUGGACGACUGUUGACUUUGCAUGUAAAUUAGAAUGUCCCGAGCCACAAAAUAUAACAGAUGCGACUGCUAACUAUGCUGAUAAAUUUGUUGGUAGUAAUGCCACUUAUUCCUGUGAUCCUGAAACAGUUCCAGGCGGUUCUCCCAACAUUACAUGUCAAACAGAUCAACAGUGGUCCACGACCGACUUUCAGUGUUUAAAACAAUGCCCUGUUGUACCUGAUGUACCAAAUGCUACUACCAACACCGCGGUACGAAUAAUAAACACGGUAGUAGAUUAUGUUUGUAAUAGUGGAUACGCUGUAGACGGUACACCACAAUUAACAUGUCAACCCGAUCAAACGUGGACAAGUGUUGACUUUGCAUGUAAAUUAGAAUGUCCGGAACCCCCAACAAUUGUCAACGCCACUGUUUCGUAUCCAGAUAAAUUUGUGGGUAGUACAGCAACUUAUGUUUGUGUCAACGGGACAGCAUCAAGUGGAAACCCUGAUGUAAUCUGUGAAGUAGAUCGAACAUGGACAUCAUCUAGUUUUUCAUGCACCGCAGUUAAAUAACAUUAAAAUGUGUGACUCGAUCUUUUCUCCUUUUAUUCCAGGAAAAUCGCACAUAUGAUUAAUAAUGAGAUAAACGCAGAAUUAUUUUAACUGUAGAGGGAUAGCGUGUUGUAUUUCCUUUAUUGUGUCAUUCAUUCCUAAAUUUAAAUAAAACAAGAACAAUCCCAACUUCUACCCAAAUAACAUCAUUUGAAUUUUUCGGAUAAUAGCUCAUUUUCCCGGCUUAAUCGUCACUAAAAUAUAUUCAAAUGAUUAUUAAAGAUUUUAAUUUGAAAAACAAAAUCAUCUGUCAAUAAGGUAAAAUUUAAAACCAAACACUGCAUUCAAUCGAUGUUUGUAAUUCACCUUUUUUGGCCAGGUUACGUUUUCUUACAUACGUAAUCCUAGAAGGAAUAAAUACUCAUUAUUUUUAUAUUAUGCAGAUCAAGGUUGUGUCUGCUCCCAUUUUAAUCUGUCUCAAAUAAACAUUAAAAUUAACAUGUUAUCAAUUUAUUAGAUAAUCAUUUUAAACAAAUAAUCUGUUGGUUCAUUGGAUAAUUUAUUGUUUUAUUAUUGUAAGCUGAUAACGUAUUACUUUAUCAUUGUACGUAUACUGAUAAGCCAUUGAAUUAGUAUUGUAAGCUGACAAUUUAUUCUUUUAUCAUCGUAAACUGAUAAUUUAUUAUUUUAUCAUUGUAAGCUGUUAAUUUAUUACUUUAUCAUUGUAAACUGAUCAUUUAUUGUUUAACCAUUGUAAACUGUUAACUUAUUGAUUUAUCAUUGUAAACUGAUAUCUUAUUGAUUUAUCAUUGUAAACUGAUAAUUCAUUAUAUUAUUGUAAAAUGAUAAUUUAUUGUUUAUCAUUGUAAACCAACAAUUUAUUAAAUUGGCCACCAAUGUAAAUGUUUAUUUGUAUAGACGCCAGUCACUCAAAUCAUUGAGUUUGUAUUAUUAUAUUGGAGUAUUGAUUGAUAACAAUUCGUACUAAUAGUUUAUGGUUGGUAUUAGCUAUUAGUUUUUAAUUGGGGCUACGAUUCGUAUAUACGUCAUGUACAUGUAUAAAGAAGGUAAAUAUGUUUCUAGUAUAUUAUAAUUCACCCACAUGCAUUUUAU